GGAACGAUCCGCACUGCGGUCUUAGUGGUAGUAAAGUUAAGUUAAAAGCAUCUGAGAGAUAUGUAGAUGCGGGUCCAUUCAUAUGAGAGCUUUUCACAUUACCCUGCGAUAACUUUAGAUCAACGGACAUACAACGCGCUUUGCACUUGCGCGCCGCGCUCCUUUUUCUGAGUUAUAAUUAUUUCUAAAGUUCGAAUUAAAUUGAUAUUACGGGAAUCUAUCUAUCGUACUGUGUCGCUGCUCAAAGCAGUACCUCAUCAUAAAUAUAAAACAAAUAGAAUUAAAGGAAAAUUAAAAAUCAUUUUAAGGAUUACAAGGAUUUUUCGUAUCUUUCAGUGUGAUUUUUUUCAAAAAAAAAAAAUUAUUUUUAAAUGUUUCGUUUUUCUAAUUCGCUGUGUAAUUGUUAAAUCCUUUUUGAAGGAGUCUUAAGUGAAAAUUUGUGCGAUUCAAUUAAAAAAAUAAUAAAGAUUAUAAUUUAAAAAAAAAGUGAAUGUUCUUUGAAAGAGAAAAUAAUAAAAUAUAUUUUUUUGGUGACCAUAAUGACAAUAAAACAAGCAUUUUUAUAAACCAAAGGAUAUCUUUAAAUAUUGCAUCAGGAGUUCGUAUAGAUUCAAAAGAAAAGGAAUGCCUGUUGAGAACACAAGAAUACAAUUUAUUUACCUACGAAAUUAGUUUUGAUACAUAAAAUAUGGGAUUACAGAAACACUACCUGAGAUAUGGACGAAGUGCGAGGGACCAUAUAUUCGGGUUGGGUGGUGGUGGAGGUAGUGGAGGAGGUACUGCCAACAUAAGAAGCAGACCAACGCCCCUGUCGAUGCUCAUUUCACAAGGAGCCAAAAUCAAUAAUAAUAGACUUGCUGUGAUAAUUAUUGGAAUAGUUACAUUAAUAUUAGGUAUAGUUUUAUCAACAAUACCAUGGUUAGAUUAUUUUAUAUUAAAGAAUCUGCGAUUAUGGAAUGAUACAUUAAGUUUUCAUUAUUGGCAAAGGCCGGGCGUAGUGCGAUUAACGAGAGUUUACAUUUAUAAUGUAACUAAUCCAAAUGGCUUUUUAAAUGGUGAAAAGCCAAGACUUCAAGAAGUCGGACCAUUUGUUUACAGGGAAGACAUGGAAAAAGUUAAUGUCAACUUUUAUGACAACUUUACAGUGUCAUAUCAGCAUAAGAAAAUUUUACAAUUUGUUCCUGAACUGAGUAUUGAUAAAAAUACAAGAAUUAUCACACCAAACAUUCCUCUAUUGACGCUUACAAGUUUGAGUCCAAAACUUGGAUAUUUUCUUUCAAAAACUAUUUCGAUGGUACUUACAGCUGCUAAGUUUGAACCUUUCAUAAGUGUGACAGCUGAUCAACUUGUUUUUGGAUAUGAUGAUGCAUUGGUUAGUUUGGCGCAUAGAUUUUAUCCGAGACAUAUGCGUCCAAUGGCAAGAAUGGGACUUCUCAUUGGACGCAACGGUACACUAGAAGAAAUCUCAACUAUCAAAACAGGCCACACAGGAAUGGAUGAAUUUGGCUACAUAUCGCGCCUUAAUGGUCUUGAUCACCUACCAACAUGGCGUGAAAAGCCAUGCGUAAGCAUAUCAGGAUCAGAAGGUUCAUUUUUUCCACCUCGAGACAUAACCAAAGCAGAUACUGUUUAUAUUUAUGAUAAAGACUUGUGCAGAGUGAUUCCUUUGAAAUACAGUGAAGGCGUUGAAAAAGAUGGAAUAAAUGCAGAUUUAUAUCGAUUGCCAGAAAAUGCAUACGGAGAUUCGGAGAAAAACCCUGAAAAUACAUGUUUCGAUGAUGCUGAUUAUGAGCCAGAAAAAGGGCUCCAAAAUAUAAGUCCAUGUCAAUAUGGUGCACCUGUUUAUAUAUCAAAUCCACAUUUCUAUCAAGCUCAUCCGGAUUUCUUGGAUUCGGUGGAAGGAUUGAAGCCAAAUCAAAGUGAACACGAAACGUACUUUAAAAUUCAACCGAAACUCGGUGUUCCACUUGAAGGUAAAGUACGAAUUCAGUUAAACUUGAAAGUGACAAGAGCUCCAAAUAUCCAUCCAGUAAGAAAUUUCCGUGAUUUCAUGUUCCCUGUUAUGUGGUUGGAAGAGGGAAUUUCCGAGUUGACUCCCUCAAUCCGCCGCUGGAUUUAUCUAGCAACAGUUUUUGCACCAUUUAUGAUACCAGUUGCAGCUUAUUUUAUGAUUGUCUCAGGAUCAUUUGCCAUUAUAUUCAUAUUCGUCCGUGCCUAUCAGAAUUUCGUUUUUGCCCGUGAUCCAACAUUGGAAAUUCUCGAAAUGGGUCGUCGUUCAAUACGACGUGGCAGCAGUUUUAUAACACAACAUCAACAUAAAUUACUGCAAACGCAUCAUCUUCAACGUGAUAAUUAUUCACUAUUGAAACAAUCACCCAGUGUGGUUGACGAGGAGAAAGAGAAAUUACCAUCAUAAUGAUGGUGAUACAAAAUGAAUUAAAUAAUUAUAUCAAAUAGCUUAAUAAUAUAAUUAAUUUAAGCAACAAAAAUAUAACAACAUAAACAAAAUGUGAUUUAGGCAAUGAUAAUUUAUAUCUUAACAAAUUCUGACCAUCAAUUUAUUUAGAUAGGUAGACAAUGAAUUAAACAAAAAUAAA